AUUGUAUGUAUGAAUUUACACAAAGUGAAGAUCAUGAACUCCAGGCUCUCACCUCUGAUCCUGCUGCUGCUCAUUCCAGGCACUGCAACAUUGAACCGGAUCUCUGUGACCUGUAGUCAACAGAGUAUUUGUGCUGUGAAGGGGACAGAAGUGACACUGAAGUGCUUUUACUCCAACAUCAACAUCAAAACUGUGUUCUGGUUCAGUGAGAAACAAAGUACAAACUGGAGAAAAAACAAUGAACCUGAAGAUUUGAUUUUAGACUCAGACUACUCAGGACGAGUGAAACAUCAGAUCUCAAACAGCUCUUCAACACUCACAAUAUCAGACGUGAGAGAGAGAGACUCUGGAGAAUAUCAGCUCAUGUUCAUCAUGAAUGACGGAGUUAAACAUCUCAGCUCAGCAGCCGUCAGUCUAACAGUCACAGUCCUAGAGGUGAGGAUGAAUCCUGUAUCUACAAACUUGACAGAUGAGAGAGUAGAACUGACCUGUGACACUUCCUGCACUUUGACCUCUGGAGUUCGGUAUUACUACUGGAUUAAGAAUGGACAAUAUUCCACAUAUACAAACUCCCCCAACAUGUUUGUGUCAAUCAGUAGAGAUGCUGGCAGCUUUUCCUGUUCUCAUAAAGACCUUAAACAUCGCUCCUCUUCUGUGUGUGUUUCUCAGAGAGGCUGCUGGGAUGUGACUUACACCUCUACAAGAGUCUGUGCUUUGGUGAACUCAACAGUAGACAUUUCCUGCACAUACUCACAUCCCUCCGGUCAUACUGUAAAUAAAACAUUCUGGCAUCGUGUUCAGCGUGGUGAUAUCAGUGAUCUGCGUGAGGAGCAUCAGUUUGCUGGUCGUGUGGAGUAUGUGGGGAACAAACUGAGAAUCAAAGAUCUCAAGAUCAGUGACUCUGGAGAAUAUCGAUUCAGAUUCAUCACUGACAAAACAAGUGGCAAAUAUUCUGGAUCACCUGGAGUCAUUCUUACUGUUACCGAUACACAGGUAACAAGCAGCCCAGACGCUGUAUCAGGAAGACAAAAAGUCAUAUUAAGCUGUUUAACUAAAUGCACUCUGAACAACAAACAUACUUACAUCUGGUACAAGAAUGGUCAACAGGUAACAGAUGGAUUCACUAAAGUCAACAAGCUGUACUUGGACUCAGUCAGCAAUGAAGAGCUUCAACAGUAUUCCUGUGCUUUAGAAGACCAAGAGGGGAGCACAGCACUACGAAACACUGUUGUCAUACUGUGUGUUGUUUUGAUUCUCGCUCUGAUAGGAAUCCUGUGGUAUAGUUGUGUUUCUUUAAGGAGGAGAAGGUGUACCUUGUCUAAAACUCACAAGACUGAAAAGGGGGAGGAGGAGGUUCAGAAUGACUCAGUGUACAAUAACACUGCAACCUCUGACCACACACAGAAAGCAGAUGCCGACAAUCAAGACAUUCAUUACUCCAGCAUUAGUUUUAAAACAAAAUGCACAUCCCCAGUACCCACCGAUGAAUAUCAAACAGAGACCAUAGAAACAGAGACUGUCUACUAUGCCACUGUAAGGUCCAAAUAACAUGCUGUUGCCCUUAAGUGAGCUAAUCAUGCUAUUGUAUUCAGAAUGUCAAAAUUGUAUAUGCGUUUUUCUCAUGUAUCACUCUUUCUAAUUGCAUAAUAAAAUAAUUACAGCACAAAUCGG